UUGUCAUUUUUAGUUUGAUUGACAUUUAAAAGCAAGUCAAAUAAAUCGCAGCUAUUUCACAUUUUACACGUACUCAGGAUGGCGAAGAUAUUCCAAUAUUUGGCGGCGUUUAGCAUUUGCAUUGGAGCACUGUGUACAGGUAUUUUGAUCGCAUGGACAUCCAAUAUUGGACCAAAAUUGAAAGAUGGCGAUUUGAAUGAUUUGGAAUUUACGGACACGGAUUUUUCAAUUUUCGGAGCAAUGAUGUGUUUAGGUGCCGCCUGCACAUGUAUUCCCGUAGGGUUCCUGCUCAAUAUAUUGGGGCGGAAGCUGACCCUGUUUCUCACAGUCAUUCCUUUCACUAUAGGAUGGGCUUUGCUCUAUUUUGCUAGCCACAUGGCCAUAACGUUUGUUGCAAGAUUUAUCUUGGGACUGGCCGGUGGAUCAUUUUGUAUCGGGGCGCCGCUUUAUAACAUGGAAAUAGCCGACACGAAGAGCAGAGGAAUGAUGGGCACCUUCUUUCAACUGUUCAUAACUAUUGGGAUAUUUUUUGCCCAAGUUAUGGGAUAUAUGCUUUCUGUUCAAGCAUAUUUAAUAGUGUGUGCCAUAAUUCCGUUCAUCUUUCUGAUAUGUUUCGCCUUACAACCCGAAUCACCAGUUUUCCUAGUCAAGAAAGAAAAAAUAGAGAAAGCCGAAAAAGCACUAAAAAGAUUGAGAAAUGAAGAUGACAAUAUUGCCGACGAAAUGAAGCAGUUACAGACGAACGCAGCCAAAGAAAUCGAAAUGAAAGGCAAAUGUAAGGAGACUAUGAGUCAUAAAGCGACGAAAAAAGCAACAUUUAUCUGUAUGAUGUUGAUGGUCUUCCAGCAAUUCACUGGCAUAAAUGCUAUCAUGUUUUAUACUGAAACUAUCUUCUCUUGUGCAAAUAUCGAAGUGAAUUCAGCAUUACAGACCAUCACAGUGGGACUUGUUCAAAUUAUAGCUACUUUGGUAUCAGCUGUCACAAUCGACAAGUUUGGAAGAAAAUUACUCUUCUUGGUUUCAACUUCCAUGAUGGCGGUUGGGGUCUUUCUGUCCCUCAUAUUUUAUAUACCUUUCGUUUACAACAUAAGCAGCGAAUCAGCAAAUGAAAAACUAGCAUGGUUUCCUCUAAUUGGUAUAUGGAUUUACAUCGUCGGCUUCUCGCUGGGCAUGGGCCCGAUACCGUGGAUGGCGGCUGGAGAAUUGGUACCAGUAGAAGUCAAACCACAGAUUGCUGCAGCCGCUGGCACAUUAAAUUGGUUCUGCGCCUUCCUGAUUACACUUGGUUAUCCCAUCAUCAACGAACAAUUUAAGGCUGCUAUACCAUUCAUUUUCUUCUUCAUAAUGUGUAUUGUUUGCAUUGCUUUUACACUCAUAUUCUUUAUUGAGACGAAAAAUAAGGAUUUCAAUGAAAUCUAUCAGGAAUUGGGUGGGGAUUGAUUAAAUUUCUUGUUGCAGAAAAUUAUUUGUGCUUUGCAAAAUCACUUUUUGAUAUACUACAAGAAAUUAUAUGUGUAUAUAUGUUGGCAUAUAUAGUGCCAACAAAUUAAAAAGUCACUUGUAUCAUAAAUAUAUUUUAUACACUUAUAUUUUAUAUAACAUAUUAAAUAAAGAAUUAUUAUUGUGA